AUGACCUACUUUCUUUGCACGCGGCAACCGAAAACUCGAAAAUGGGUUUUCCUACCCUUUACAAAGCGUAUGGCGGGAGCCCUGCUUCGACUUGUAGACUGCUGUGGUCGAUCAGCGGCGUCUUGCAACAGAACAAGGUUUAAAGCGUGGCCAGAUCGAUGUAGGGCAGCUGCUACGAGUGAGGCUCGAAGUCCUAGGGCAGGCUAUUAG